AUGCCUCCCAGCUAUCAACCUGUCACCAGCCAGGUUGAUGUCGCCGAGCCCCCAACAAUGCUCAUGAUCGAGCCUCCUCCCGUGUUCGUCACGGUCCCAUCCCAGCAGCUCGUUCUUUUCGAGAGCAUGCCGGCAGCCCAGCCCGCGUUCACGCCUGCUGCUGGUCCUUCGACGAUGGACGUGUUGUGCUUCUCUCUCGGGGCGCUCACUGUCCAAUGCGCUCACACGCCCAUGGCUUCGAUUCGGCGGGAGUCUUGGGCUGUUCAACGGUUCGGUCGUCCCGCUUUCGACCUCCAGCCAGCAGCUCUGAUGCCCGCGCCGAGACUGCCUGGCUUGCCUUCGUUGGUCAAGCCAACGGUCGUUGCUUCGGCAGUGACUAAAGGCGAAGUCAUGGAGACCGAGAUCGUUCGCCCGGCUCUUCAGCUGCCACCUAAGCCCGUUGGCCAGCUGCCUCUUCCACCUCUGGCCCCGAUUCCUGUCCCGGCCAUGGCUGUCCCGACACCCCUUGCUGCCGUGAUUGCUCCUCCUGCCCCUGAGAUGGAGGUUCGACCCCAGCAAGCGGCUGUCCAGCCUUUGAAGAGGAAACGAGUUGUUGCCCCUGUCAACUUGGUUUUUCAACAAGUCCCCCAGCCGGAGCUUGUCGUUCCACCAAGACGUCUUGCUGCCCCAGUCAAUCUGGUGAGGGUCCCUCCCGCCCCGGUGCAAACCUCGCCCCAGCAGCCUCUUCCCCCUGUGCAGCCGUCACCACCUGCGCGGGUUCCCCGGAACACGCCUGCUGGCCCUCUCAACCUGGUGAUUGCUCCUCCCACUCUGGCGUCGAGCUCUCGCCCCCAGCAGGCACAAGCUCCCAAGCAGAAGACGCCACCGGCUCCCGCUUCCCGUGGUCCCUCCCCGCCUCCGAUCCCUUCUCGUCCCCACUGGAAGCUGGUGAAGAAGCUUUCCCUGAGCGAGGCCCAGGCCAAGCUCACGCUUCCGACGCUCGCCCUGCCGAGUGUCCCCAAAGUUACACCCAAGGUCGCCCCAUUGCCUCAACCAGCACCGGUGGUCCCUGUCCCCGUGGUACCCGCUCCGGUCGCUGCCCCUCUCCCGCCUGCCGCCGCUCCCGCCAUCUCCGAUGCCGUCCCGGAGCAGCAGGCUCCCAUCCCACUCCCUGGUUCUUGCCCCGUGGCACCCAUGCGUCGCCGUCGCGCCUUUGGCAACACGGUGCCCCUUCUUCCCCCGGGCGCCUCUGAUCUCGAACAGAAGCCCCUCCCCGCAACUGUCGUCGCUGCUGCCGCCGAGUCUUCUGGCUCUGUGAUGAAGGCUCCGGCCCCCACCCCUCUCCCACCAGCUCGGACGGCCCACUGGGCCGGUUUGGAGUUGCGCACUCUUGCCGAUCGCCUGAUCAAGGAGUGUGUCGAUGUUGACGCCUGGCGUCGGCGUCUCUUUGGCGACAUUGAGAUGUACAUUGGUGGGGGGGAGGACGACGACACCCUCUUCAGCCCGGAGCAAGCAUCGGAAGUAAUAAAGACCUUGUUUCGGAGCGUGAAGAGUUCUGAUGUUGGUUUCCAGCGUCAGAAGGAAAAUACUCUCAACAAGGUUGUCCAGAUUGCGAGGAAGGAGGGAUUGAUGAUUGAGAGGUUGUGA